AUGUCGUUCGACUCGCUGCAAGAGCGCCUGACAGCGCUGCAGGAAACGACAGCGCAGGUGCAGGAGCUCAUCGACCGGCUCGCAAACCUCAAGUUCCAGCCCGGCUCUGUCCCCCUGCCCAACGGGGACGGCUACGGCGAGGACGAUGAGAACGUCGCGACGGAGCUGAGCAGCGAGAUCAACAACACCCUGCGCGAGGAGGAGGAGGACCUGGAGCUGCUGGAGGAGGAGAUCACCGACCUGCGCGGUGGCAAGGACGGCAGCGACGCCGCGCGACAAAAGGAGAGGCUGAAGGAGGGAGCGGCCAGGUUGGAAGGGGAGAUCAAGAGUUGCCGCGUGUCUUUCCACAGGGCCCAGCUCACGGCCAGGCGCUCUCUCGAGGCGGCACAACGGCUCGAGCGCGAGCUGCUAUUGCAGUCGUACACGCGGGCGGCCUCGACGCCGAGCCGGUCGGGCGCCAACUCGCCAGCGCCAUCAGCAAACCCCACCGCGGCGCCACCGCGGCGGCGCCACACACAAAAGGCAGCGGCGGGCCACGGCGACCCGACGGUGGCAGCGUCGUCGGACCUGACGGUGUCGCUGCGGCGGGCGCACCAGGCGGUGACGGAGGAGCUGUCGCGCAGCAUCGCAGUGCACGAGGCGCUGCAGGACUCGACGCUCAAGAUGAAGUCGCUGGGGGCCAACUACUCGCGCAUGGACGACAUGCUGCGGUCGAGCCGCGACCUCGUCGGCGUGCUGCUCAAGAGCACAAAGACCGACACCUGGUACCUGCAGACCACCUUCUACAUGCUGGCCGCGACGCUGUCGUGGCUCGUCUUCCGCCGCUUCAUGUACGGCCCGCUGUGGUGGCUGGUGUGGCUCCCCGUGCGCCUCGUCUUCCGCACCGGCUCGACGGCCGUGGGUCUCGUCGGCGGGAAGCCCGGGGCGACCAUGGAAGUUGGGGUCGGGAGCGAGGGCGGCCAGAGUGCCAAGGUUGUUGGGGUUGGGGAGGAGGGUGCCGUGCCUACUGCACAGGUUGGCCAAGGCAAUAAGGCUGCAGAUGAUCCCGAUUCAAUGGUGGACAAGGUUGGCAGGGUCAUCGACAGAAUCGAGGAGCAGGUUGGUGGCAUGGACGGUCUAGGGGAGCAACCGGCUGCGGAGGCAGAGGCAGAAGCCUUCGAGCCGGUCUCUGCUGGUGAUGGAAUAGCUCAGGAGGCCCCUGAGCGGUUACGGGACGAGUUGUAG